CCAUGAUCGGUUGCAUGGUGAUCAUUGUUCACCUUCCAUAACGGGUUUUGAUACUUCAAUUUCUCUUCGUCUUUUGUUUUUUUGUGGACGGUGACUUGGCACAAAUGGCGCACAUAAAGGGCGCUGCAGCUAUUCGUAUUGUUGUUUCCUUAACUUCUGUCUUGACCUUUGACCUUCUGACCAACUUCUAGGCUUGACGCCUAUUUCUGUGGCACAUUUGAACUUGACCGACCAUGAUGUUCUCGAGCUUAUUCUUGGCACUGGGUGCACUGUCACUGGCACAGGCUGCCCAGUUUAAUGUUACUGUUGGUGGAGGACCAUUAAGAUAUGACCCGCAGUUCGUUACUGCGAACCCUGGAGAUACCAUCAUCUUCACUUUUAAACAAGCCAACCAUACGGCUUCCCAAUCUACUCUAGCCCAGCCAUGUGUAAAAGCGUCUAAUGGAUUCGACUCUGGCUACAUGCCAGUAUCUGCCAGCAACACGAAUGGUCCGUUCCCUGCAGCACAAUAUACGGUGCAGGAUAUGAACCCAGUUUGGGUAUAUUGCAAACAAGGCAAUCACUGCCAGCAGGGCAUGGUCUUUGCCGUCAACCCAGGCACUCAGUUUGCUGCAUUUCAAGCAGCUGCCAUGGGUAAUACCGUGGCCUCAUCCUCGUCUGCUUCAACACCUGCGACUGCGACUUCGACUGCUCCCACUGGAGUCGUCACAGCUACAAGCACGGACCAUAAAGUUGUUGUUGGCGGGUCUAGCCUCAUCUAUACACCGUCAAAUAUUACUGCACAAGUUGGAGACACAGUAACGUUCCAAUUCAUGCAGAAGAAUCACACAGUGACGCAGAGCACGUUUGCUGAUCCGUGUCGCGCUCUUACUCUCACGUCUACGAGUGGGCAAGUUGGGUUUGAUUCUGGGUACAUGGCUGUUGGAUCUAAUGCGACGACAUUUCCUACCUAUACGGUCAAAAUUAAUGAUACUGCACCAGUUUGGGUUUAUUGUAAACAAUCUGGGCACUGUGGGCAAGGCAUGGUGUUCUCCGUGAAUGCGGUCGAGUCUGGAUCCAACAACUAUGCCGCAUUCAAGGCGAAAGCAAUUCAGCUCAACGGGACCUUGACCACGAGCACGAGUACGGGAGCACAAGCUACACAGACAAAGUCAGGUGGUGUGGUGAAGAUGAGCGAUCAUGGCGCUGGCGUCUUGGUUGGCCUUGUGGGUGUGGUAACUGGUAUGUUCCUGGCUUGAGGCUAUGAUUAUGAGAUGUAUCCUAUCGCUUUUAAUUGAUGUAUUGUUUGAUUGAUUGCAUGUAGUACUAGCCUUGCUGAUAAUGGGUAAUAGAACUGGUGUAUUGUACUACUCACUGCAAUUGAUAUCGAUUAGCUC